AUGCCCUCCAAGAAUGUCGGUACAAUGGCUCUAUGGUUUAUGGGUGCCACCAAUGCCGACCAUGUCGUGUACAAGACCCCAAGCAAGCAACAGCGGUCCCGACGUCCCAAGAGGGACCGUUCGAACCCCAAGAGAAGGGGCCCUGCCCCAGGCCCGGCACAAGCCUCCGAACCUGAACCCCAACACGUACUACCCAAUACCGGCCAAAGAGAGACAUUUGGCCAAGUCGAUAUGAUGCCUAUCCAUCGUGGCGGAUAUGCUGGUCCCCACGACGCAGCGGACCACAAUAUCAACCCAGGCAUCCAAGGUGCUACGAACGAGACUGAGUCUCGUUACGAAAUGCCUCUCGCCAGAUGGCUCACCCAGCCGAUGGCUGAUGAGCCUUAUCAUACCAUCGGGUUUGUCCAGGUCAAUCAGCAGGCAAAUCAGCAGUCCGCCCCGUUCGAUCCUCAUGCCACCUUGGGUGAGGACGAGCUGCAGAUGGAUUACAGUGAUCGCCAGCAAGCUUGA